AUGGAGCGCCCAUUUUAUUGGGAGACAAGUCAAGCUUUCUUUGAAGCUGCAAGGCGUGGAGACGCUGCGUUUCUUAAGGAAUUUCUGGAGACGUAUUACAGAAAAUAUGAUUCCAUUUUUGCUGUUGAUUGGUACCAUGAUUAUGAUAAUGGUGCUAGACCUCAACUGAAAACAACGCCAUUGAUCCUUGCUGUUCAAAGUGGAAAUCUUGAGUGUGUGAAAAUACUUCUCAAGUACAAAGCAGAAAUUGAAGAACGAGGAGGUUAUAUAGAUGGUUACUACCCACGUUGCACUCCUUUGUUUGUUGCUGCAGCUAAUGGAAAUGUGGAUAUUUUGAGUUGUUUGGUUGAAGGUGGAGCUGAUGUCAACUCGCGGUCAGGAGAAGUGUAUGAGCAGUUAACACCUCUGAUGGUCGCCUGUGAAAAUGGCAAACUUAAUGCAGUACUCUACCUUAUUGAUGAAGGAGCUGAGGUGAAUCUGGAAGACGUUUCUGGUUAUACAGCUCUGCAUUAUGCUGCUACUUUUAGUGGUAAUAAUAAUGCCCUAAGCUGUUUGAUUGAUAGUGGGACUAAUGUCAAUGCACUGACAGAUGACAACCGCACCCCUUUGAUGCUGGCCUGUGAAUAUGGACAUUUAGUGAACUGUCUUCUUCAAAAUGGAGCUUAUGUGGAUUUUCAAGACGAUGAUGGUCAAACAGCCCUUUACCUUGCUACAUACAGUGAACGCAACCGUUUUGACAAUUUGAGUUCAUUGAUCAGAUAUGGAGCUGAUGUCAACACAGCUGACAUUCGCAAAUGUACCCCUCUGAUGCAAGCUAGCCAAUUUUGUGAUGUGGAAGAAGUAACCUUGCUCAUUGAGCAUGGUGCUAAGGUGGAGCUUCAGGACCAAAAUGGUGACACAGCCCUUCAUUACGCUGCACGUGUUGAAAAGGCGACAUCUGCAAAUUUGUGCAAAUUGUUAACUACUGGAUCAUCCUUACUAUGUGAAAACAGUCAAGGAUUAACACCCCUUCUGGACACCAGUAAUGAAGGCAAUAUAGAAAUAGUAGAAUGUUUGAUCAAGCAACCAGAGAUAACCAAAGAGCAAAGAAUUGAUGCUCUAGAGCUUCUUGGAUCUUCUUUAUGUCUUGACUUUGACGUUGAUGAUGUUGAAAAUGGAUUCAAGUACAUUGAACGUGGCAUGUUAGAAAGGUUUGCUGAUCCUACUCAUCCUUUGUUAAAAAGGCAGAUGGAACCUGUUGAAGCUUAUCAGAACAGAAAAGAGAGUCAAACUCUUGAGGAGCUUGCUCAAAUUGAAGGUGACAAAAAUGCUAUCAUCAUGGAAAGCCUUGUUCUUAGAGAAAGAGUCCUUGGAAGAAACCAUGUACAACUACUUGAACCAAUUAGAUUUGCUGCUAACUACUAUAAACACAGGAGCAGUUUUUCAGUAUGUAUAAUGCUGUACAGACAUGCAAUGAAAAUAGCCCAGUACUGCGAUCAGUCAGCUAUAGGUGAUUUAGAUCAUAUCACCAGUUUAUUGCGAAGCUGGUUGGACAGUGAUCUUCCCAAAGACAAGGUUUUCACUGAAUUGCUGGAGCAAACAGUUCUUGAUCAUCUCAAUGAGAUGCAAAGAAAAGUGACAAAAGAACGAGAUGAGGAUUUGUUUGAUUCCUUCUUCAGAGUUGUUAAUGUGAUGAACCAACUUAUGUGUGAUAAAGAGGAAAAACUCUCAAAUGCAGCAGUUUUGUUCAAAACUAUUUGUAAGUCAAAUCCUCGAGAUUAUAACGGGAAUACACUGUUACACUAUUUUGUAAGACAUCAUAUCUACAACUUUUCGCAUUCAUGCACUAAUGCAUUGAAACUUCUUUUGAAUGCAGGAUUCGAUGUUAAUGGUGUAAAUAAGUACGGGGAUACUCCACUUCACUUAGCUGUCACUUUUAAACCCUGGAAUGAUGGCAUGACUGACAUGUUGCAGGUUUUGUUUAAUGGCGGUGCUCAUCAUGAUUUUGUCAACAGUGAUGGUAAAACACCCACAAAAAUGGCUGAAAGUUAUGAAGCUCGCAUGAUUCUCAUGAAGAGAAGAAAACUGGAGUUAAAGUGUAUCGCAGCCAGAGCUGUCAAAAAGUUUGGAAUUCCUUAUUUGGGGGUGGUGCCCAAGACACUAGAGAAGUACAUUAGCAUGCAUUAA